AUGACCAAAGGGUCUGAGCUGGAGGGGUACUGCAUUGACCUGCUCGCGGAGCUCGCCAAAAAGUUGGACUUCAAGUACAAUGUGCACCUGGUGAAGGAUGGAAAAUACGGGCAACAGGACGAGAGCGGCAACUGGCUGGGGAUGAUCGGGGAGGUGGUCCGAGGGGUGAGUGACCUGGACAGAAGGUAGCAGGUGGUGGUAUAUGGUACGCUGGGGAAUUGGUUAAGUCAUUCAGACUUGUGUAAAGUAGGCCCUGCAUGGCUAUAUACUCACGCACGCUGUGUGUCACUACUCCUGUUUGUUUUUACCCUACUCCUGUGUCUGUGUGUGCCUGCUCUUGUCUCCUCCUAUCUAUCAGGAAGCCGAACUGGCGGUUGCGCCUCUGACCCUCACAGCGACCAGGGAGCAGAGGGUGGAGAUGAGCACUCCCUUCAUGCAGAUGGGCAUUGGUUUCAUCCUGAGCAAGGACCUGGGCUCCGAGGAGAGCCACUCCCUCAGCUUCCUCUUCCCCUUCUCUACAGAGAUGUGGGUGGGCGUCCUCCUGGCCUUCCUGGUGACCGGCCUCUGCAUGUAUCUGGUGGCCAGGUGAGAUAAUAUGAUCAUUUCCGGCCUUAGACGGGCCUCUGCAUGUAUCUGGUGGCCAGGUGAGAUAAUAUGAUCAUCUCCGGCCUUAGACGGGCCUAUGCAUUUAUUUUGUGGUCAUGUGAGAUAUCAUUAUCUCCUUGGCCCCAUUCCAAAUCAAACUGCUAGCUAGCUAUCAACCCUAGGCGCUUCGGGGGAAUCCUAACUUCCACUGAAGUCGAAUUUCACUUAGUCAUCCAUUGAAAUCAAUGAGACUAAGUGAGAAUAUGACUUACAUGUAAAUAGAAGUUAGGAUUCACCCCUUGCAUAAAAAGAUGUCAACAUACAAAUUAUGCGUAAUGCUAUGAAACAUAUAGGCAACGUACGUCAAGUAUACAAAACAUAGCGUGGAAGAUUGUAGUUGAAAGUAGAGUAGGUCAAUGGAAGUAGAAACUGCGUUGCUAAUUUGUCCUUUGUAAGAAUGUCGUUUGGCCACUGUCCAGACAAUGAAGAAGAUCGAUCUCAAUGCUCACUUUGUUUUUCUGCCCACCCCAGGAUAAGCCCCUGUGAGUGGGCAGACCCCGAGACAAACGAACACAGCUUCACCCUCCUGCACAGCUUCUGGUACAUCACCGGAGCCCUGACCCUGCAAGGUAACGCAGCUAUGAGCCAAAUCGCCCCCUGAGUCAAACCGCUGCUUCCAAGUCACAUGUAAAACAGAACCGUGCUAUUUUGGCAAAGAAGAGUCUAGAAGACCAUAGAAAUAUAGUCUUCUUUACUGUGGGUACACUAAAUAUGGUCGCCAGUCUACCCAGUCUGGACAGGGGUUAAUGUUCCUGCUAUUCAGACAAGGAUUGUCUAGACCAGGAUUUUGGUUCCUUUCCUUUACCUCUGAGUUUUCAAGUGAACCGUCCCAUUUCUAUGUUUCAAUCAUAUAAUUAAAUUAAACAUAAUGUAUGUGUAUGUCUUGCGUUCUCAGGUGCUGGCCCACACCCUAAAGGCCUGUCUGGUCGCGUUAUCAGCGCCUUCUGGUGGGUGUUUGCGGUGGUGCUCCUUGCCUGCUACUUCAGCAACUUUAACGCCAUGCUACGCUCAGACUCCAAACACGUCUCGGUGAAUAACUUUGAGGAGCUGGCCAAACAGGACGUCAUCGACUACGGAACAGUCGAAGGGGGAUCCACGUUCAACUUUUUCAAAGUAUGUGUCGCUUUAAAAAGAAAAAUAAACCACACAAGUAUUCCUUUAGUAAAGGUCAAUGGAGUAUGGAGCCAGAUACCUGCCAAAAGGUUGAAUGUACGUAUCGUUAGGAUCGUAAGAAAAUCCAUACGUAAAUUGUUAGGAUCGUAAGAAAAGCCAUGCGUGAAACAAAUAUUGUGUUGCAAUUCUGACGUACAAUAAUACCUUUCAGAGUUUUGGCAGUUUCUUCUCACCAACAAAAAAAACGUACACCAAACGGCCUGUGAUGAGUGCUACCCGAACAAGCAUACAGUAUUAAAAAGUCAGGGAAACCGGAAAGAGGUAUCCUGCAGGUUUUCAAGUUAAGUCUCCAUUCUCUAUUACUCCUCAGUUGAGUUUACUUCACAUUUAGGUAGCUAAUGUAAUGGAUUUGUUUGCCAGCGCAAGUCUAGAUAGCACUAGCUGUAUUAUGCCUACAACAGUGAAGUUUCAGUCCGCUAGGUGUAUCUCUACAGCAUGGGCAUAUCUCUGGGUGACGUGGACAUCCCCAUGCAUGCACCUUAUCAAAAUAUGACAAAUUCAAUAUUGCACCAUCCCAUUCUCUAGGCUCUGUCUGCAAUCAUAACCAGUAGUAUAUACCUGGAAUAAUGAACCAUAGAAUAAUAAUAGAUGUUUGGUGAAUCUAUGAAUUAUGUAUGACCACUGGAGUCUUAUAAUUCUUUCAACAGAAUAUUUAGAAAUGUAUUUCAUCACUCAAAAUCUUGCCAAAGCAUAUUCUGUAGGAGGGGUUAAUAUGAAUGUAAAAUAAUUUGACAUGAUUUACAUAAAUGGAGUCAUGAACAUAUGGACUUUGAAAUGAACAAGGGAGAGGUUCAACGUAGACUAAGUCUGGCAUAAGCUUAUUCCCACACUUUACAAUAACUCUGUUGCAGUGGUCUUAGGUAGUCUCCGUAUAGGCUAUGCCCUCCAUCGCGACACUGCUGCUCUGUUGAAGAGCUUGUGAUCUCCGUGCAGCACCACAGCACCACGCGCCUUCAGAAAAGCACCCCUCAGCCUCAGAAGAUGCCAUUCUGGAGGCAUGCAGUCAUAGAGUCAUUAUACCCCUAAUGUAGGCCUAUUUGCCUACUAGACAAAUAAAGUGCAGAGCAUGCAUGAUGCGUGCAACUCGGCAUGCCAACAUAUUUGAACAUUUAAUUCAUCCUUCAUUCAGUUCAGUCAGUCAGUAUGUCAUCCAUUGUCAUUUGUCUGAGUUGCAAUGGGAACUAAAUCAAAGAGAAUAGAACAGUCUUAUCCAUUUGUUUAUUGGCAUCCGUGUGUAUUAAAAAUGAUCUAAAUUCUCCAAAGUUCUUUAGCCUAUCACUUUAAUAAUUCAAUUUUUAAUUUAGGCCUAUUCCAAUUUAGGGUUUGCGUUGCAUAACCAUAUCACGCAGAGCCUAUAUCCAUAUCAAUAAAAUGUUGAUAAAGUCUUGGCUAUAACGUGUCCUGAGCUAAAUAACCAAGGAGUCCCAAAUGGUAAAGACUAUCUAUAGCCUAUUCUUAUUGCCAGAUCUCUUUUCCCUAUCACCCUCUGCACGUGCAUCUUCAACUAUUUUGUUUAAAAUGUGUUUAGAGGCUAUAUUUCGAGGCCUGUGAGCUAGGGUCUCUUUUUAAAGGGAGCCCUGUAAUACAAACAGUUAUUAAACACAAAUAGAGUUCUGAAAUGAUUCCGCAAGACACCUUCAACUUGUAGACUUAAUCAAUAUUCUGUUUUGUGUCAUUUAUUGAUAUGGAUAUAGCCUCUGCGUGACGGGGUUGUGCAACGCGAAUGGCUAUAACAAGCCUACAUACAGAGUGGAAUUCACUAAUACAACAGUCAAAAUGCCUAAUAUAAGGCCUACAGUCCGUGCUCCCAAAUACUGGAAAAAGUAUGAUUCAUUAGGUUACAUGAUCACCACAGUAGCCCCACGCGGCUAUAAAAAGAAAUGAUGCAAUGAUAUGGCCAUUAAAUAACACACAACAGCAUGGCAUAUCUAGAUAGCGGAAUAGGCCUAAAUCAUAUUUACUUUCUAUUUUGUAGCUCAGGCGGUUAUUCAAGGCUCUUCUGUUUCUUUAUCAUUCUCACACAAGUCAUUUGCUGAAAGCCCAAGCCUAUACUAUGUCAUCUAAUGGUAUAACGUUGUUAUUGAAUGCAGUUCUAAAACAGGCUCUAGACUUUUAUUUUGGAAAUGAAACCGGAAGCUGGAAAGCAACUCUAACGUCUGGGCUAGAGUUGCUUGAUUGACUAGCUAACUUCGACUAGCUAUGUUCAGUUCAUGUCCUUUGCAGAUGCCACAUUACUGACAAAAAUGUGUACGCAUAAAAAAGAUCUGUAACCGAGUAAAGGGAGACGUAAAGUAAGAACUGAACGUGUAAAUGUUCAUUCGUAGUCGUAACAUAGAGUAUGUACGUUUACAGAUCUAUUUUAACGUUUAUGUUUCAUGUUUCACGCAUGGUUUUUCUUACGAUCCUAACAAUUUACAUAUGGAUUUUCUUACGAUCCUAACGAUACGUACUUUAAACCUUUUGGCAGGUAUCUGGCUCCAUAAUGGAAGUCAAUAAAUGUAUUUUCUCAUCUGUACCUGUUCAUUCCCUUCCAUGGCGGGUUUCCGGAUGAAACCUACAACUAGAGCCGCUUAUGUCUCAACAGCACCAGCCUAAAACAAUCUGACCGAUUUUGCAUUUAUACGGUUCCGAUUCCGACAUUUCCAGAACUCCAACAACCCCACCUACCGACGCAUCUACCAGCACAUGCAGAGGAAGAAGAGUUGUGUGGCUUCUGUGGAAGAGGGAAAUCGACUCACCCGGGAAGGCAACUACGCCUUUAUUGGCGAGGCAGCAUCUCUGGACCUGGCUGUGGCUCGCUACUGCAACCCGAUCCGCAGCAGCGAACUCAUCGCCAUGAGAGGGUACAGCAUCGCAGCACCCCUAGGUGAGCCCCUAGUAGCUGGAUCCACAGUACGCCUAGGUGAGCCCCUAGUAGCUGUAUCCACAGUACACCCCAUAGUUGGACCGGAUAUAUGGAAAGCUGUGCUGUCAAUAAAGGAACAUUGGGAAUGUUGUCUGUAUGUUUUUAUGGGUGACCUGCUGUGGUGGUGAGUAUCUGAAGUAUUUGAAGUGCAAUUCUUCACUUGAUACACACACGCAUACGCUCUCACAUAAAAUACUCACACACUAAAUCCUUUCUCUCUUGCUGUCCCACCCUCCUCCCUGUCUCUCUCUCCUCCCUGUCCCACCCUCCUCCCUGUCUCUCUCUCCUCCCUGUCUCUCUCUAAUCCAUGUCUCCCUCUCUCCCACCCUCCUCCCUGUCUCUCUCUCCCACCCUCCUCCUCGUCUCUCUCUCCCACCCUCCUCCCCGUCUCUCUCUCCCACCCUCCUCCCCGUCUCUCUCUCCCACCCUCCCCUCUCCUCCCCCGUCCUCCCCCGUCUCUCCGCUCCCCACCCUCCUCCCCGUCUCUCUCUCCCACCCUCCUCCCCGUCUCUCUCUCCCACCCUCCUCCCCGUCUCUCUCUCCAACCCUCCUCCCCGUCUCUCUCUCCCACCCUCCUCCUCGUCUCUCUCUCCCACCCUCCUCCCCGUCUCUCUCUCCCACCCUCCUCCCUCUCUCUCUCUCCCACCCUCCCGCUACCCGUCCUUCUCUCUCCCCCACCCUCCUCCCGUCUCUCUCCUCCCACCCCUCCCUCCCCGUCCUCUCCUCUCCCACCCCUCCGCCCCGUCUCUCUCCCCACGCCUCCUCCCCCGUCCUCUCUCGCUCCCUCCCCCUCGCCGUCCCUCCCACCCUCCCUCACCCGUCUCUCUCUCCACCCUCCGCCCCGUCUCUCUCUCCCCCCUCCCUCCCGUCUCUCUCCGUCGCCACCUCCAACCCGUGCUCCUCCUCCCACCGACUCCCCCCAUCAUCUCUCUUCCCCGACCCUCCUCCCCUGUCCUCUCUCUCCGCACCCCUCGGGCUGGGCCCUGUCCUCUCUCAUCCCCCCCCUCCCCUUCUCCUCUCUCUCCCACCCCCUCCUGCCCCAUGUCCGUCUCUCCACCCUCCUCCCCGUCUCUCUCUCCCCCCCCUCCUCCCUGUCUCUCUUUGUCCCUCAAGGUGCGCCACCCUCCGUCCCCUAUGCUCUCUCUCCCCCCCUCCUCCCCCCCUCCUCCCCCUCCUCCUCCCACCCUCCUCCCCUCCCUCUCUCGUCUCCCACCCUCCUCCCUUUCUCUCUUUCUCUCCCCACCCUCCUCCCUUGUCUCUCUUUCUCCCACCCUCCUCCCUCCCUCCUUCCCUCUCUCUCCCGUCAGGUUUUCCGUUGAUGAAAAACAUAACGGUGGCCAUACUGCAACUGAGUGAGUCUGGGGAGUUGGCCUACCUGCAGAGUAAGUGGUGGGCCAACAGCUGCAUGCCGGAGGGGGGCCAUGUCCCACAGGCCCUCCAGCCCCACCUCCUGAAGGGCCUCUUCCUGCUCCUGGCCCUGGGGUUGGGCAUGGGACUCCUUAUGGCCCUCCUGGAGCUUGCCUCCAAGGCCCGCAAUCAAGCCAAGGUCCAGAAG